AUUUAGUGUGUACAACAGGCUGGGAACUUGUACACGCAAGGGACAUAGUCGCGUCGACUUAUUCUUGCAAGGGCGAUAAAACCCAGGCUUUUUCAUAGAAUUUUGUGGACAAUAUCGUUAUGAUGAUCAAACAAAGCUUAACGUUUGCGCUUCUUUUAAUGUUUAUUGGUCAUCAUGAUGUGAGAACAGCUUCUGUGAACAUCGAAUCAUCAGUUGGAGUAUUGGGCAACUAUCCUCAUUACAUGAAAUGUAGUUACAGUCUUGCACCUGGAGAAACUUUAUUAAAUCUUGACAUGUAUCAGAUUGUGAAUGGAGUACAGACAGCAUUGGGUACCCUUUACGACAGUGGCAAUCCAGUAUGGGAUGGGAAUACUCCAAGUGACAUCAGAAGAAGAUCCCUUCUCAUCAGGUUUGAUCCUACAACCCUGCAGCUCUUUUACAAUGACACUGUGUGCAGUGAUGAAAAGAAUUACACAUGCAGUGUCGCGUUUCGUUCUGCAGAGGGAACUCGAACUCGAUCAAGCAGCACUCAAGUGACCAUAGAAGCAUCCCCUGGAGCACCAACUAUGACAGCUGUUCCUGGCUACAACAUUACAGAAAACACAACAGUUACUUUUACCUGCACUGGCAAUGUGGGGAAGCCGCCAGGACAGUUUCAAUGGUACAUGUAUAGAGGUAGCACUCGGGAGAACCAAACUGAUCAGGCUGCUACUCAGUCCAACACGUUGGCGACUCCUAGCUGCACUUACACAGGAAGAAGCAGCAUUAAUAUCACCAUGACCAGAAUGGAGCAGGGUAUUGUCAUGCGCUGCAGAGUUUAUCAUCCAACACAAGGCAGUAACACCAAUACUGACGACUGUACAAAUCCAAAUACUGGCUUUUGUCGGAAUGGAGAAAGAAUGCUUGUCUUUUAUCCUGUGAGCAUAAGCUUAUCACCACAAACCCCAGCCAUCACUGUUGAUCAGGGGUCAGAUUAUAGUCUUACCUGCAAUGCAGAAGGUUAUCCUCAACCAGUAUUGCGAUGGUAUAAGAAUUCAGACCCAAAUUAUACACUUGGAACCAAUAGCACUCUCAAGCUGCAAAACCUCACCCUAAGCGACUCAGGUGUCUAUGUUUGCAUCGGAUCCAAUAAUAUUAAUGGUGCACAGCUAAAUGAUUCAAAACAAGUAGAGAUCACUAUCGGUAAGUUAUAUUCUUCUUGCUCAAUUUUUUUUCUUUUUGGUCAUUUUCUCAUAAAUCUUGACUUCUGGAAUCACCCUCUGGGACAAAUAAAGUGCUCUCAUACCUUAUCUUGUAAUUUGUAUAAAUCUGAUAUAAGCUGAGAAAUAGAAAUAACAUGAUUACUUUUUUUUAUGCUAUACACCUGAUGUAUGACAUCGACAAAAAGUUAUUUUAAAAAUUUAAUUCUAUAGAGAAUCGCUUUUUGCUUUGAAUGCAGCAGCUCGAUCCUUCCUUUAAAUGAUUGCAUCUUCCUGCCAGCCACCGCUCGAAUCUUUGGUUGCCUCUUGCUAGCUAAUUUGUCUCUCACGUAUAUGUUACCCUCUGAAAUAUGUUGUUAAAAUUUUCUCUUCAUAGUAGACCUUUGAGUCACCAGUAACAUCAUUUAAACAUUAAAAUGUAGAAAUACAGGAAGUAGAUUUAGUCUGCAGUCUUCCUGUGGAUGAAAGGGGUAUGACAAAUGGUGGUGAUUUUCAAAAAUAUGCACAUGCAGGGCAACAAAGAAAUAAAAAUCAACCAUGGGUUACGAAUCAUCCUAGAUCUCUGUGACCAAAGGAGGGUCUUGAAGAGAGAAAAGAAAAGCAAACCUGAAUAGGAUCUGGCAUAGCAAUAAGAUCAGUUUUACUAUCAAGUACAAUCUGUACAAAUCCAUGGUAGUAUCGUUUCUGCUAUAUGAAGGUGAUACAUGGACUCUACAGAAAGGAGAAUACAGGCAUUUGAGACCAAGUGUCUUAGAAGUCUGCUCAUGAGAUCUCAUACAGAGAACAUAGAACCAACGACUCUGUACCAAACAAGAUUGCCACACUUGUAGGACACCAGGAACCUCCACUUUCAACAGUCAUCUGGACUAGUCGCCCUGUACACGACCUGCUCAACAUCGCCCAGAAUAGAGAAGAGUGGCAGGCCCUGUCAGCUGCCACGUUUAUCCAUGUGCUCCUUCCCAUGACUAGUGUCAAUCAAGGGACAAUUAAUUGACUGAACAUACAUGUACAUGUACUCACACACUAGCACACUUAUUGCCACACUGUUUUAUUUAUAAGAUUUCCAAUAUAAAAAUCCCUUAAUGACUAAGGUUUUGUAUUUCUUUCUUUCUUCUAACUCCACAAUCACCUGCAAUUCCAUCUUCCUUGAGCUUUGUACAAUCAAACAUAUCCAACCCUUCUGACAGUUUCUGCCACCAACAAUUUUUUCCUGUUUUGCGUUAUUUCAGCUGGAUUACCACAACUUUCUUUUCAGCGAUUUCUCUUAUUUCAUACUAGAGGUGAACAGGUUUAGAAUAAUGCUACUCAUGCUGUCAUCUUUAGGCAACAGGCAGACUAUUCUACACCCCUCAUCCACAAGCUUUGCUGGCUGCUAGUUUAACCUUGCAUUAAUUACAAGAUCACUUCACUGUACUACUGUUGUUUUCAUGGUUUUGCCCUAGCAUACCUGUCUAACUAUACUAAACUCUUUCUCAGUUCGAACUACAACUUCACUUUCUACAACACCCACUGGGACAACAUUCAAGAAGCAGCACAGUAGCAGUAGCAUCAACAAAAGGAAUAGGUGUUACAGACACCAUCAGGGCAGAUUGUGACAAUGCAAAGUGUAAGUAAAGAGUUUUUUUCUUCUUCCUUCAGUAAUUAUUUUAUGCUCGUUAUGAAACAAAAUACAAUAGAUAUAGAUUUUACUGCAUUUAGUUUACUGGAUGAAUAAUAUAGUAUCUUAUCUAGAGAACGAAAUUGUAAAACCAUGAUUUAUAUUUCUUAAUUGUCAACAAACUUGGUUAUUUUUAGAGUUUUCAGGAACUUACAUAUUAUACACUUAAUCAGCAUUCACCAUUAUCAUUCAAUGCUAUGUAUUACAACCUAUAAUGUUUGGAAUUUGACUGCAUACAGACUACUCAUGUAUAAGCCUGCUAGCAUUCACCAUUACUGACUUUUAUUUUAUUUUUACUGGUGGAUGAGAAAAGGAAACAUACACGCCAUUGCUUUCUCAUUCAAUCAUCUGUGUUACAUAUGAGCAGCAACCAGUAUACACCAUAUCUGCCUCAUCCCCAACCUAUCUUCCUGCCUCUUUCCCCAUUUCUGCAGUUACUUCCCCUCUUGCUAGAAGCUGCGGAAGAGGAUAUCUGUGGCGAGGUCGACGGUCUGUUUGUUGAUCGUCCACGUUGCCACUCAUCUCUUGUUUACUGCAACAAUUAACCUUCCUUCCUGCACACACCUGCUGCUUGCCUGCCCCUCUGACCACAUUGCCUCUUGCCAAACUCUGGCCACACCUGAUUUUCACCAGCCUUCAGUUGCUUCUGGCUUUGUAGGUCGAUUUCUGCUCUUCUUGUUUGCUGUCCCUUUUCGCGGUGUCCCUUGCUUGACAGAAAACCCAGGGAAAAGGCUAGCUCGUCUGACUGAUGGAAGCCCAGUGUUCAUCUGUCAAGGCUGGGGAAAGUCUUUUAUGAGGACAAGGUGGUGCUCAGCCAGAUAAGGGACCCUGCUCACACAGCUCAAACCAUGAUUGCUGCUUUUUUUUCCCCUGUCACUUUGUCUUUCUGUGAACCCAGUGAUCAUACUUUUCUUUUCUGUCUCAUGUUCUUUUUUCUCCUGAGCUCUUUUCAAUCCCUUUCCAUCUGCAGUCCAGAAAAAACAAGUCAUAUAUAAAAACUGAACAGAUACAUAAGCAUAAUAGAACAAGAAGAUAAAACUUUGCAGGUCAUGAAGUGGUGGGAGGAGUAAAAAGGAGGAAUAUCUAUAAAAAAGCCAUGAAGAGAAACUUACAGAAGAAAUCUAUUUUUAAACCUGAAUUAUCAAAUAUUAACUUAAUUAUUAUUUUCUUACAAACUGUUAAUGUAUUUCAUGUGUGUUUUAUCUUAAAUUUUUUGUUCAUACCUUCAACCAGUUUAAUGCGCUCAGGUAUGUAUUUACAUUAUUUGUCUUGAUUUCCCGUUUAUUCUAGGGGUAUAAAUAAUGUUUGUGUUAUUAAGAUUGAUAUAAAAUAUACCCUUUGCCAUCUGUGUAUAUGUUGAUAGUAAAUGUUUACCUGUAGUAUGUGUUUAUAUGUUUAUUUAAUGUUUAAGUUUACAUGCUUAUUUAAUGUGUGCUUCCCUGUAGUUAUUCUGUGUUACAUGUUUCAUGUUAAUUUUCAUGUGCUCUCAUUUGUGAAAUAGAAUAAAAGAUAUUUUCUGAUGAUUAUGUUUAUAGAUGUGUACAUUAUGUACACUGCUUUGUGUGAUAUUGGAUAAAUUUUGUGUGUAAUAUUUAGGUUAGAUUUGUGCCAUAAAUUCCUGAUGAAUAAAAUAAUUGCUUUCUUUCAGACUUCAUUUAAACUGGAAAUAAAUUAAAUGCUAUGAUUAUAACUUAUAACAAUUAUGUUUAUGGCGUAGACUUUGGACUGUUUUAGAGUCAACACUUCAUGUUGUUGACAUGCUGCCACCUGUAAAGGUGUCAAACUUGAACCUUGACAAGCAGUUGAUGAGUACACUUGUUCCUGGCGAUGAAGGGGUCUUUGCAGCACAACAUGUUGUCACAGUUGCUCACAGUCUGUGACUGCAAAAUAUGUGAGGAUUCCAGUUACCAUCAGCAAAUGCAGCAGCAGAGGCUCUCUGUGUUGUGAAGUUUGACGAUUUGGGGACUUUACCUGUAGUCGGCGAACAGUGGCCUGAAAGGCGGACACGGUCAGCUGCCUCCCUGCAACGAUUAAAAAGGUAUCAGAAGACGAAGCACGAACUUGUAUUAACGUCCGUGAUAAAACGAUCUUCCAACGACCUGAAUAGUGGCUGGGGAGCGAUACAGGAUCCUAUCCCUCCCAAACUGUUCUAGGUCGCUGCUCUUAUCCGCUUUCACCUGCCCGAGGCACCUUGUUGCGUACAGAGCACGUACCUGUAGGGGUAUUCAAGUUGGACACGGUGUUCAUCGGGGUGUGUAAUUGCCGCGUACUUCCCUGAUAGUACGUUUGAUGUUAGCGGCGCUAGGGGCAGACCUUUAGGGACUCUCUCUCCCGUCUUUGCUCUAGUUCUGUGUACACUGCGUGUGUGUGUGAAAGAGAGAGUUUGAGCAGGGAUGCAUGUGUACGUGGAAAGGGAAAAGCAUGUACGUGUACGUGUGCGUGUGCGUGUAUGCUUGAGUGGGUGUUCACUCGUAACCUAUUUACACAGCUGUAUGUUGUAACCACGACUAAUAAAAAUGUAUUUGGACCGUUGUGGUUGACGCGUCACGUAAAAUGUCAGGUAAACAUCUGGGAUCGAGACUUCAUAGCACAAUAAAGUGUUAUUGUGAAUGG